CCCUCAGAUCUCAGCCUCAUGCUGGGAGCCCCGCUUCUCCUAUUGGCGGCACUGGGCCUCGGGCUAUUGGUUUUCCUGCUGUCACUCAGGCGAUGGGGCUGGGGCUUGUUGCUUAUCUUCUGGUUGGAGUUCGUGCUGCAGCCCAUUUACAACCUGGUCAUGGGAGACACUAAAGAACAGCGUAUCCUGCGCCACGUGCAGCAACAUGCGAAGCGUGGGGACCCCCAGAGUGUGCUGGAUGCCAUCGACACUUACUGCUCACAGAAGGAGUGGGCCAUGCACGUGGGUGACAAGAAAGGCCAUAUCAUGGACACUGUAAUUCAGGAGUACAAGCCAUCCUUGGUGCUGGAGCUGGGUGCCUACUGCGGCUACUCUGCUGUGCGCAUGGCCCGCCUGCUGCAGCCUGGCGCAAGACUCAUCACUAUGGAGAUCAACCCUGACUUUGCUGCCAUUACCCGGCAGAUGCUGGACUUUGCUGGCCUGCAGGAUAAGGUCACCAUCCUGAUCGGGCCCUCCCAGGACCUCAUCCCCCAGCUGAAGCAGCAGCACAAUGUGGACACGCUGGAUAUGGUCUUCCUAGAUCAUUGGAAAGACCGCUACUUGCCAGACACUCUCCUCUUAGAGGAAUGUGGCCUACUGCGGAAGGGGACAGUGCUUCUGGCUGAUAAUGUCAUCGUCCCAGGGUCACCAGAAUUCCUGGCAUACGUGCGGGAGAACAGUAGCUUUGAGUGCACACACUACAGCUCAUACCUAGAGUACAUGAAUGUGGUGGAUGGCCUGGAGAAGGCCAUCUACAAGGGCAGGGUGCAGGCUUGACUGCCCACCAAGCACUGGGCGCCUCACCAAGUCUUUCUGAAGGGCAAGAUGGGACAUGCUGACUCUUGACAGCUCCACUUCUGUGGUUCUAAGGUCUGUCCUCAUGCAGCAUCUACUUCAGGCCUGUCCACACUGACCUCUGUGCUGCUGGUGCAGAUUUUCACAUAUGACACACUCUAAAGGGUAGUGAGCUCACUGUGCAAAGCCACUGAAGAAAACCUGGGAAAUACCUGCUGGUGGAGGGGCGGAGGUGUAGCUCAGGGCACUCGCCUAGCAUGUGAGAGGCCCAGUUCAGUCCCCAGCACUGGAAAACAAAUUGGAGUACGUGGUUUGAAUUCCAGUCAGGUUUCUACAAGGACAGGUUAUCAAGUACCACCAAUGCAUUCAUUAGGCCCUGGAAGCACAAGUUGGAAAAAUCAGGAAAAAUCUGUUGGGCUUUGCACUGACCGUCCUGAGGUUUUCUGUCACCAGGUGGCAGCAGUGCCUCAGUGACAUUACCACCACCACCUCACCCUGCACUUUUGACUUGCAAAUUUUCACCUUUUUAAAGAAUGAACUGUAACCUCUUUACUAAAAUUAGAUGGCUAUAACCUUGUAUAGUAAAGUCAUGUUUAAAAGCCAAUAGAAUUAAAGAUCCAAAUAUUACGA